AUGAUGGGAUACCAAACUAACCCUAAUUUCUCCAUGUUUUUUACCUCAGAAAAUGACGACCAAAACCAUCAAAGUUACGAUCCUUAUAACAAUCUCUCUUCAUCAACAUCUGUUGAUUGCACUCUCUCUCUUGGAACACCCUCCACUCGUCUCGACGACCACCGUAGAUUUUCUUCUGCUACUUCUAACAACAUCUCCGGCGACUUCUUCUUUCAUGGAGGCAAUGCCAAAACGACGUCGUACAAGAAGAGCAGUGGUGAUCACAACUUACCUCGCCGUUGUGCUAGCUGCGAUACCACUUCUACUCCUCUUUGGAGAAACGGACCAAAAGGACCUAAGUCGUUAUGUAAUGCGUGUGGAAUCCGAUUUAAGAAGGAAGAGAGGCGUGCAACCGCAAGAAACUCAAUAACCUCCGUUGGUGCGUCAUCGGCGGCAGAAAUUCCGGUAGAGAAUCCGUACAAUGGAAACUAUUACAGUCAUCAUCACUAUGCUUCGUCGUCGCCGGCGUGGGCUCAUCCUAAUACGCAGAGAGUUCCGUAUUUCUCGCCGGCGCCGGAGAUGGAAUAUCCGUACGUUGAUGACGUCACGGCAGCUUCAUUUCUUUCUUGGAAUUGA